CGGGGGUGAAGGGACGAUGGCGGCUGGAGUAGAUCUGGCCGCGCAGACCGAGCUCCUGGCUCGGGCAGAAACGAUCUGGCUCAGGGAAGGGACAUUACCCACAUUAGCUCUGAUCCCUCCAGCCCUUGGAGGUUGCAGCCGCAGGGCAGCAGCCAUGAGCCUGGUGGCCUACGAGUGCCCAUCCGGCCCUGGCCUGGAGCCUGAGCCCUGCUCGCAUGCACGGUCCCAGGCCCGUGUGUAUCUGGAGCAGAUUCGCAGCCAGGUGGCUCCAGGGGCACCUGAGAUGACGAAACGUGACUACCUGGUGGAUGCAGCCACGCAGAUCCGACUGGCCCUGGAGCGCGAUGUCAGUGAGGAUUACGAGGCGGCCUUCAACCACUACCAGAACGGCGUAGAUGUCCUGCUGCGCGGCGUGCACGUUGACCCCAACAAGGAGCGACGUGAGGCUGUAAAGCUGAAAAUUACCAAGUACCUGCGGCGGGCAGAGGAGAUCUUCAACUGUCACCUGCAGAGGACACUGGGCAGUGGAAGCAGCCCUGGCACGGGUUUCAGCAGCCUGAGGCUCCGGCCCAUCCGCACACUGAGCUCUGCCCUGGAGCAGCUGAGGGGCUGCAGGGUGGUCGGGGUCAUCGAGAAGGUGCAGCUGGUCCAGGACCCAGCGACUGGAGGGACCUUCGUGGUGAAGAGCCUGUCCAGGUGCCAUGUGGCAAGCCGGGAGCGGCUGACCAUCAUCCCGCAUGGUGUCCCCUACAUGACCAAGCUGCUGCGGUACUUUGUGAGUGAGGACUCCAUCUUCCUGCACCUGGAGCAUGUGCAAGGAGGCACUCUCUGGUCCCACCUGCUCUCCCAGGCGUGCCCCCAACAGUCUGGGCUCAGGUCUGGUUCCAGCCUGGAAAGGAUGAAGGCUCAGCUCAACUCCCCCGUCAGCCUCGGGACGCCAGCGCUGCUCCCCCUGGGCCACACACACCUGCAGGACAGAAUCCCCUUGGAGCCUCCAUGGACUUCUCGGAGCCUCCCCCCAGCCAGGGAGGCCCCAUCCAUCAGACCCCAGAGAGAGGCUGAAGGUGAACCCUCAGCCAGGACUAGUACUAAUUGCUCCUCGGACCUUCCGAAGGCCCCAAGUGGCCGCCUGCACUUCCAAGCCAGGCGGGGACCUGGCCAGAGCCUUGACAUGGGGUCCUCUUGGGGGCUCCCUUGGGUUCGCAAGGGGGCCGGCCAGGUGCUGGAGAGCUGUGGCAGAGGCAGAGGUCAGAGCCGCCACUCAGCGGAUGGGGCCAGCCUGGGGUGUGGCGGGGGCACCUGGAGUGUGAGGGAAGAGCAGGUGAAGCAGUGGGCGGCUGAGACGCUGGUGGCCCUGGAGGCACUGCACGAGCAGGGGGUGCUGUGCCGGGACCUCAAUCCCCGGAACCUGCUCCUGGACCAGGCAGGUCACAUCCGGCUCACGUAUUUUGGCCAGUGGUCAGAAGUGGAGCCCCAAUGCUGCAGGGAGGCUCUGGACAACCUCUACAGCGCCCCAGAGGUGGGAGGGAUUUCUGAGCUGACAGAAGCCUGUGACUGGUGGAGCUUUGGGUCUCUACUUUAUGAAUUGCUGACUGGAAUGACACUGUCCCAGAGCCACCCCUCAGGAAUCCAGCCGCACACCCAGCUCCAGCUGCCCGAGUGGCUCAGUCACCCAGCGGCCUCCCUGCUGAGAGAGCUGCUGCAGUUUGAUCCCACUCGGCGCCUGGGCGCUGGAGGAGGCGGCGUCAACAAACUCAAGUCCCACCCAUUUUUCAGUACCAUCCAGUGGAGCAAACUAGUGGGGUAAGAGGGGGUGGAGUGGGCAAUGGAAGCAUCUGGACUGGUCUGGAUCACCUCUCUUCUCUUUGCCUUCACCCAGAGCUGGCCCCUGUAAUCAGUGGCCCUCAGGCAAAGAAUGCAGGCCAGUUGCUUUUCCUGCUCAGGCCCCUCCCAUGGGCCUCAGAAGUAAUCAUCACCACUGCCCAGGAAGGACCUAGGGAGUCUCCCAGCCAGCUCUUGGAGAAAUCCUUUCUAGUCACUCCUGAGGUGGAGGGACAGGGAGAUCUCAUCUUGCUAGGCAGCUUGGAUCCCUCCACCCAUCAGUCAACAGAUACCUGUUGAACACACACCCUGUACCUUGAACACAGAUCUACCUUGUUAAAGGGUGCCUUCCGCUGCAUUAGCUCUGAACUACCAACCACCUGCUGAGCUGACCACAAGGUUUUGUGACUCACUAUCUGCUAUGUGCCCCACUUGGGACAUCUUCAGAGACUCAUCUCAGGACACUGGUCCACUGGCUCAGUGGACUCACAACAGGGCUGCCCUGGCUGGUCAUUUUAGCCAUGCAACUAGUGGGCCUCUUCUACCAGGCUACUCCUGCAGGGGGUGGGGAGGCUGGAAAGCAGGGAAGAAGUCUGUAGGGGGCAUGGGGUGAAGUGGGGGACAGGAUGACCCACUUGUGAUUUCAGACUUUGGAGAGCAAAAGGAAGGGAGGGGAGGAAAAUAAGGAUAAGAAGGAAUGGGGAGAGGGAGGGAUGCACAGCUCUGCCAUUUAGAGCAAUUCUGAAAACAGAAUCAAGAGCUCCCUUCCGCAGCUAGCCCACUGGUGUGGAGAGAAAGGGGAACCUGCCCCACAGGUCUGAGAGGAGACCACAAUUCAGCCUCCAGGCUGAAACCACUAAAAUAAGUUGUACCCAUUAGGAUUCCCUUCUCGGACAUUGGUCCUGUUUACCAUUUUGCAUUUUAGUCUUGAGGGUCCACUCAAUUCACUGCCCACUGUGACUUCAUCCCUUUUGGAAAUGAGAAACCACAAAACACAUGGAACGAUUGCCCAAGCUUUUAGCCAGAAGCAAGAUGUUUCUGGUCUCUGAAGACCUGGGGUAGUUACCCCCAAAGACAACCCCCUCUCCAAGUUUGGGGGCCUCUUCUUCUCAGGACUCACCCUGUCAGUGGGGCGUGGCACCUAAGACAGUAAUUUCCACCAGCUCUGCCCCCAACUCCUUCUCACUGGUGUGUCUCCGGCACCACCAGGUGGCGCCUCUGAUGCUGUCCUCCAGUCAGGCUGUGAAGGCCCAACCCUAACUCUGGGGGUAGGGACCUGGGUUGUGGGGAGCACAUGACACUCAGUUCCUUAGGAUGACUCUGGGACAGAGAUGACAUGGGGAAGUGCAGCCUGUGUAUGGUCCCGGCUUUCCCCGGGGCUUGCCCAUACCAGUCCCCCUACCUCCCGUCCCCCGCAAUAAAGCCUGCUGUUGCCUAUGGUGUCUUUUCCUCAUUAAUGCAAUGAGAGUGGUCCUGCCUGAAGGGUGAGAUUGGAAGGCUCCCCCAGGGAAGCUCUAUGAUGGUCAAGAAUGAGCUUGGAAGUCUGCUUAGGAAGUAGGAAGCAGGGCUGGUGGUGAACAGCAUGCCAGCCUGUGCCCUGCAGAGCAGCUUUGAGCUGGAGGGGAAGUGCUGGCAUGCAGGGGGCACUGGGCUCUGGGGGAAAUAAAGUAGGAAGAGAAGUGUUAGAAGAGGGUCAUGGUGCCUGGGGAAAUACCAGUUUAAUCCUCACAGGUACCCCUUGAGACGGAUGGUGGCUCCUGUUCAAAGAGGUUAAUAAUAGGACCUGGUCAGAGCCUGUUCACACGGCUGUGUUCCUUCCGCUACGCUCCUUAAGUCAGGCCAGACCACUUCCAACCACUGCUGCAUGAAGUGCGAGUUGCUUCUGGAACUUCUGGACCUCAUCCACGCAAUAAACACUGCACAUCUGGCACAUUGCUAGGCCCUGAGCUUUGAAUACUGUGGUCCCGCAGUAUAAUACCUCCUUUGUAUAAGAUACAACAUGGAUACCUCCUUUGCAGGUACUAGAGAAAUUAAAGCUUCUAGCACCAUGCCCCAGACCUGAUAGAUAAUUCUUCAA